AUGGCCUCGCCAGAGCCAGCGACAGCGGACCACGUGCCUGCCGUCCACGAGCAGGGCCAGUGCGCCGUCGCGGACCCCCAUGGUGGUGCUGCCGCGGUAGGUCCCUCGCCGCCCCCGGCGGCCGUCUCGCCGCUCACGACGGUGGCGACGCCGUCGACGCGCCACGCCGACCCUGUGAGCGCUGCCGAGGAGCAGCCUGCGCGCGCUGCGCAGCAGCCCGCGGCCCAGGAUGCUGCCGCUGCUCCCGCUGCCGGCGGGACGGCCAGUUGGGUGUCUGCCGAGCAACAGGCGAGGCCAAUCGACGCGUGGAAGCGCAGCCACAUGCUGCUGAUUGUGGCCGCCCUGGUCUUCUCCGUCGUCGGCCUCGGCCUGUCUGGCCACGCCGCCACCCGCGGCGCGUUUGACCUGUCCGGCGAGGAGGCCAUCCUGGCCAUUCCCCUGCCCGUCUACGUGCUAACGCUUGUGUUCGCCAUUGCCGACAUGGCGGUGCGUGCUGCGCGCAAGUUCCGAAAGGCGCUGCACCCGGCCGUGCACGUGGGCGUGUGGCUCAUCUGCUGGAUCAUCUACGCCGGGCUCAUUGCCGCGUUUGCGAUUCUGGCUCACUUCACGAGCAACAACGACGACGAAGACGACGACGGCUACGAUGCCGACGACGCGCGCCAGUUCGUGGCCCAGUUUGUCUUCAUCGCCCUGCUCUUCCUCACCACGUUUGUUCUCUUCAUUGUGGCGUGUAUCGAUACCCAGGCCUACAACCUCGCCAAGACCACGCCGGCCGCCACGGACGCGUCUGGCAACCCUCUCGACCCCAACCACCAUGAAGACCGCUCCUGGCGCAUGACUAAGCUCGUUUUCAACGUACUGAUCCUCGUCUUUGGCAUCAUUGGCCUCGCCAUCGGCCUGUCCAUGGUGCGCUUCAACGAGACAUACUCGGCUAGCAAUAUCAUCUUUCCCGCCUGCGCCUGCGCCCUGAUCAUCCCCAUGGUCUGGGCCGUGGCCGACUUGUGCUUUGCCCUGACGGGCCCGCGACGCCAGUUCCUCCAGGGCGUGCAUCCCGGCGCACAUGUUGGCAUGUGGCUUGUGUCGUGGAUCAUCCUGGCCAUUAUCGGCGGCAUAUUGACUACGUCUACCGUCAUCAACCUGGCGCAGUGUCGAAACAGCGCAGACGGCGAUUAUCGCCGGUCCGUGGCAGUGGAAGCCUACGCACUGCGUCAUAUACCGGUUGUUGAUGCUGCCAUUGUGCCGAACCGUGUGCGCCAGGUAGGCGUCGCGACAUCAACCACUUCGCUCGCUACUCCGACGGCGAGCCCGAACGGAAAGCUCAGCACGCUGGGACCUACCAGCACCAGAAUUCUCGGCAGCCUCCCUACAACCACCAGCAGCGACCCCUACGAUCCAUACGAUCCAUACGACCCAUAUGGCGACGACCCUGAAUCGGACUCAUAUUAUCCCUACCGCACAUCCAGCAGAAGCAGCUCCUCCAGCAGCCGCCCAACCAACAGCCCCUACGGAAGCAACCCUUACAAUGACUAUCCAUCCAACAGGAACCCCAGCAGCCACUACAGUAGUCCGUACGACGACGGGCUGGCCGACUUUUGCUCACAAAAGCGCAUCGGCGGACCCAUGAUCGCCACCUGCGUCUUCAUCUGGAUUGUUUUUGUGUUUGCCUUUGUGCUCUUCGUUGCGGGCUGUUCGGACACGUACCUCCGCAACCACCUGCGCAACCCCUUCACCGUCGUGUACGUGCCUGUCGGCCAGCCCGUCCAGUAUCCGUACCCGCCGCAGCCCAUGUACUCGAACGUGCCGAUGCAGGGGAGCGGGAAGCAGCCAAUGAUGCAGGGUCCUGUCAUGCAGCAGCCGCAGCCGCAGCCGCAGCAGCAGCAGCAGAACCAGCCUGCCCAGGGCAAUGUAGUUGAGUACUAUGGAUCUGCACAAUAA